AAGGAUAAAAUCCACCCAAUGAUGCGUCAAUGAUAAAAGAGAUUUCUAAUUUGAAAAUCUUUCUUGCGUUAUUGGGCCUGAUGAGAAAAGUCUCAUAAGUUUAAACAAAAUAAACAAUGAUGCUUCAAUUGUUUUGAGAAAAAUAAAACGUGAAGAACUUCACCCACCUACCUGAGGUGGCUGACCACUUUGAGCAUAUUCUUCACGUUUCACCAUGUUCCGAAACAAAAACAAGACUGUAAUUUUAUUAGAAAAAUCAAGAAAUAACAAUAUUCAAGAACUUCACAACUUACAAUAUAAACAGAAGGCGUGAGGUCUAAGAAGUUGCGCUCUGUUGUAUAUUGGUUUAUUACUCGCCGGCAAGAGCAUCAGAAAGUAAUCAAUGGCCAAGCUUAUCUCGUUUCAUGAUGUGGCUAAACAUAAAUGCAAGAAUGAUUGUUGGAUUCUCAUCCAUGGAAAGGUUUAUGACGUCAGCAGUUUCAUAGACGAACAUCCCGGCGGUGACAAUGUUCUCCUCGCCGUCACUGGAAAGGACGCGUCGACUGAUUUUGACGAUGUGAACCAUAGCAAUGAAGCGAAAGAGACGAUGAAGAAAUAUUAUAUCGGUGACGUUGACAAGUCAACUGUCCCGGUGACGGCGAAGUAUAUUCCACCGUGGGAGAAAGAAUCUACUGCUGAAACCACAAAAGACGAAUCUGGAAACAAGAUGCUUGUAUACUUCGUUCCUCUCUUGAUUCUCGGCGUUGCUUUCUUUCUCAGAUUCUACAACAACAAGCAGACAACUUAAGAACAAUUAUGUUGAGACGUGAGAGAAAGAUCCAUCGCAGUGUUUCAUAAGGUUGUAUUAUUAAUAUUAUAUAGGUUUUGUGUGUGUAAUAAUGGCAUUUUCUUUGGCCCAUGAAUGGUGUUUGAUUUGUCUUUAUGUGACUGAGCCGUUGCAAUUAGGCCCUUGUUAUAUCUCAA